GUCUACAUAUUGUAACACCUAAUAAAAAGGCUCUUAGUAGUGAAGCAACAUUAUAUAAAGAAAUUAUCGAAAAAGCAAAAAAGAAUAAGAAGCUCUUUUUUAAUAAGAGUAUAGUUGGUGCUAGUUUACCAAUUAUUAGUAUAUUAAAAGAUUUGGUUAGAACUGAAGAUAAAAUUAAUAGAAUAAAAAGUAUAUUCUCAGAAAUAUUAAGUUAUAUUUUUAAUGAAUUCUCAAAAUCAGGUGAUGAUAAUGGGCAAAAGUUUUCUAAAAUUGUUACUGUUGCAAAAAAUAAUGGCUACAUAGAACCUGAUCUGCGUAAUGAUUUGAAUAGGUUAGAUAUUGCUCGUAAAAUCGUAAUUCUUGGUAGAAUGACUGGGAUGAACCUAUCUCUUGAUAUAUUACCUGUAGAAAAUAUUGUACCUGAACCUUUACGUAACUUGGUUUUGAGAUAUGUUAGUAUGAUAGAUCCUGUUUGUGAUAAAAGUGGUGUUAAGUUGGAGCCAGAGCCAGGUGACCCAGUUGACUUGGUUACACUUAAACAAAAG